AUGGCGGGACCGUUUUCAGAUGAAUAUGUUUGCCAAAUAUCCGGGGGACUUGUACCACCGGCUCCCGCCCUUCAGUUCUCUCAUUCGGACUAUUCUUCGUCGUCUUCGGGACCGCCAACACCCCCCGGCGAAACGAUCGAUUCCUAUGCCUCGCCAAUGUCGAUUGAUGCCGAAACUCCAAGAUUACCGUCAGUGAAGACGUAUGCAGAUGCUACAAAUCUUGCCGCUGAAUUCCCUUCUAUGGCCUCUGCAAUUCUUGGGCAACCGCUUUCGCUGGAACCUUCUGGAGACCAACAGGAUGACAUGGGUCCGAAGCACACCAUGGAACGACCUAACUGGGCCCUGGCGAGCGACCCGGAAAUUGAGCUAGGCGAGUCUGACGAGCAAAGUCCAUCCUCAGGAACCCAAUCCGAGAAACAACGCGGUCGCUUGCGCACUCGGAAGAACCGGUCUGGCCGAUGCGGUGGGCGAUCUGAGGUCCAGACUAAGUUAGACCAGCAUCUUUCGAAGGAUCGUCGAAUUUCGAGGGCGAAAUCCAGUCCGUACUAUCAAAGUUCCGAUACGGGCAGCCGCGUUCGCCUUGACCGUGGUACGCUCAACCAGAUACAAGGCUACUUACAAGAGAGCAUACCUUUCGGCCGAACGCAGAGGCCUAUGAGCAGCAACGCAAAAAAUCUUGUGCUACCAUCCAGAGAACAGGAACCCAAACCUGUACUCUUCCACGCGUACUCGUUGGGCGCUGGCCAUGGUGCACCUGCCGCAUCGAAGAUGAUCAACAUCCCCCAUGGUGGCGUUCAGGUUCAGGUUCAGCCUUGGGCAAAGUCGUCGAUUGCUCCCGUCCCUGCCGGAGGCACACCCCCGCCUGCUAAUAACCGAUCCAUGGACUGGAAUAUCGCUCGCAGCGGCCUGUAUAUUGGUGCAUCCCAGCCUUAUCUAGACACGAGGAACUCAGCUCACGCGCACAAUAAUCCCGGGAUUAAUAAGAUCGCCGAACCACAACAGCACCUGCGACAUAGUACAGCUGGCUCGUCUCUGUCUGCCAUUCCACCUACUCAGCCUAUGUCUCUUCUCGGUAUCUUGAAUGAUCCUAAGCAUACUCCGAUGCCGCUACCUCAGUCUCAGCAAGCUAAACUAAACGGUGUUAAUGCUUUUCUGCCCACCCAGCGCCUCGGACGCACCUCCCUCAAUUCUUCUUCGUCGACCUUGUCUCUCGCCGGACAACUACCCGCCUUCCGGUACGAAGCUGCGCACUCGCAACAGGACGCUAGCUUGUUAUCACCUGGCUCGCAACUUGUGACUCUCGGGGACGCCGUCGCUUCGCUUUGUCUAAUGGAGGAUGACGAUGACCUAUGA